UGUACAAAAAACAAAAACAAAAUACAGUUUUCUCCAUUGUAGACACAAAAAAAUGGAACUAUGCACAUUUCUUUUGAAAACUUGAAGCUCAUGUAUGAACAAAAAUACUCCAGAUGGCUAAACUAUGAGCACAACGCCAUUGUUUUCACUCAAAUAGAAAUGCUAAAUCAACCAAAACUUGAUUUGGAUCAAAUUGCACCCAUUUGGAAAAACCCCUCCCUCCAUAUUUCCAGACUCAUCUCUUCAAAGGAAAACUACAACAAGAGGAGAUCUUGUGCUGCUUUGUGCUUCUAUAAAAGGAGCGUGAUGUCUGGAUGAGAUGGUGACGCAGACGCCUGUGCGCUCCUAGCUGGUGUAUAUAAGAGGCGCCUCUCGGCUCUGUUUCGGAGCACACACAUGGAGAAGCAACUGGGUUGGUAAGCUUUUAGCCUGCUUUGAAAGAACAUGGAGAUGAACGCAACUGAGAAGAUUUACCUUCCCGUUGAUGGCAUCCUCGAAAUGUUCAGCUCUCUCACCGGGCAGCAUCUUCACCAACCAGCUCUCACAUCAUCAGUACCACAGCUCCCAAAGGUCUCCAACAUCUCCAAGACAAGCAUCAUCAAAACGGUUAAAGGACGUUUGAAGCAACAAGAUAAAGACAGAUCCCCCAGUUCUGGUAAUAGGCAGGUCUCGACUGAUCGACUCCCAAAAAGAUCAGUGGACCUGCUGGAGCUGGGUCUCACCAAGCGCAGGAACUGUCACAGAGUAGUUGUGCUUGGUGCACCCAAAGUGGGUAAAACCAACAUCCUGCAGAGGUUCCUGGGUAAAGACUUUGAGGAGCAAUACGAGCCCACAACAGAGGACUUCCACAGAAAGCUGUUCCACAUCGGAGGAGAGUCUUAUCAGGUGGAUCUGCUGGAUGCAGCCAGUGAGAGAGACUUCCCAGCAAAAAGGAGGCUAUCCAUACUGACAGGUGACACCUUCCUGCUUGUGUUCAGUUUGGAUGACAGAGAGUCCUUUAAUGAAGUCUGCCAGCUGCUCAACGAGAUCAAAGCUGCCAAAGCAAAGCUGCUGAAAUUAAAACGUCCCGCGAGAGUACCGGUGGUGAUGUGCGGGAAUAAAGCGGAUCUGGAGGCGCAGAGAGUCGUGACUCGGUCGGAGGUGAAAGAAAUCCUCGGUGAGGAUGUGGCAUUCUUCGAAACCUCUGCUAAAGACGGCACCGGGAUGGAAGGUGCGUUCAGGGCCCUGGCCACUCUGGGUGGACUACCAGACGAGACGAGUCCGUCUCGGCAUGAAAUCAUCUCCAUCCUCAGCUACCAGUCGAUGUGCAUCGGGCAGCAGCGAGGCAGGAGAAGAGGCAGCCGGGGUCUCGGUGCACCCUGCGCCGCCAUGGAGCCUCUGGCGCGCCGCCCGAGCUUCACCAGCGACCUGCGGCUGGUGCUGAGAACCAGCACCAAACACAGUAAACCCGAGAGGUGUCAGAUUCAAUGAAUCGUGAGCCUUCUCCAUAAAACCCAAUUGCAGUAGUAUGCUGCAAUGUCAUAUUAUGUAAGGAGUUAUACUCUGUAAUAGCACCUGGCUGGACCAGUGCAUUGUUUUUUUGUACAUGUUAACUGUAUUUAUAUUACCCUAUAUAAUAAAACUAUUUCUAAUUGUCACAUGUGCUUCUUUUCUAUUUUAUUAUAGUGCAUUUCAGGCAUGCACAUAAAUGAAUGAUGGUGUUCGUGGACAUCAUAAAUCAAUUCAAGUGAUGAUGCAAAACAUGACCAUGAGUGUGUGGGAUAAAACCAAAUGCAGUAGUAUGCUGCAUGUCAUAUUAUGUAAGGAGUUAUACUCUGUAAUAGCACCUGGCUGGACCAGUGCAUUAAUUUUUUUUGUACAUGUUAACUGUAUUUAUAUUACCCUAUAAUAAAACUAUUUUUU